UCCAUGAACUUCAGGAGAAGGAUGCUGCAACAAGCUCUUAGAGUGUCCAGCAGGAGCGCGUCCCCGCUGCUCAGGUGUGCAGACAGGUGGCUGGACAGCCUCGGCUCGAGACAGAAAGAGGGGAAGAGGGUGCGGACGCUGGAGGAGAUGCCCGGACCCUCCGCUCUCGGCUUCAUCUGGGACCUUUUUGCUAAGAGAGGACUGGCGCGCCUUCACGAGCUGCAGCUGGAGGGCAGGAAGAGGUAUGGUCCCAUGUGGAAGGCCAGCUUUGGUCCCAUCCUAACGGUUCAUGUUGCUGAACCAGAGCUAAUAGAGCAGGUCCUGAGACAGGAAGGACAGCACCCCAUACGUUCUGACCUCUCGUCUUGGAAGGACUACCGGCAGCUCCGAGGACACGGCUACGGACUCCUGACCGCUGAGGGGGAGGAGUGGCAGAGUGUCCGCAGUCUGCUUGGGAAGCAUAUGCUGCGUCCAAAAGCUGUGGAGGCAUAUGACAGCACCCUGAACAAAGUGGUGACUGACCUAGUAGCCAAGCUUCAGCUCCGCAAGCAGCAGCAUUCCAGUGGCGUCAUCACCGACAUUGCAGAAGAGUUCUACCGCUUUGGCCUCGAAGGGAUUUCCUCCGUGCUGUUCGACUCCCGGAUUGGCUGCUUGGAACCAGUCAUCCCAGUGGAGACAGAGCGCUUCAUCAAGUCGAUCAACACCAUGUUUGUUAUGACACUUCUCACCAUGGCGAUGCCUGCAUGGCUUCACCGGCUCUUCCCCAAACCCUGGGACAGCUUCUGCCGGUGCUGGGACUACAUGUUCCAAUUUGCGAAAGGCCACAUAGAUCAGCGUCUGACAGAGGAAGCAGAGAAGAUGGCACGAGGAGAGGAAGUGCAGGGUCGCUAUCUCACCUACUUCCUGUCUCGGGCUGGGAUGCCAAUCAAGUCUGUGUACAGCAAUGUGACGGAGCUGCUCCUUGCAGGAGUGGACACUAUUUCCAGCACGUUGUCCUGGUCUCUGUACGAGCUGUCCCGACAUCCUGAGAUCCAGAGCUCUCUGAGGGCUGAGGUGCUGAGGGUUCUGGGAGAUCGCAGGCUCCCGACAGCGGCCGACGUAGCUGCCAUGCCUCUGUUGAAGGCCGUGGUGAAAGAGAUCCACAGGCUGUAUCCUGUAAUCCCAGCCAACGCCAGAGUCAUCGCAGACCGGAAUAUUACAGUUGGAGGCUACCUCAUACCCAGAAAUACACUCAUUACGCUCUGCCAUUACGCCACGUCUCGGGAUCCUGCGCAGUUCUCGGAGCCGGACGCCUUCGUGCCCCAGCGCUGGCUGAACCGUAAAGAAGGGAAACACCCAUACGCCUCCUUGCCCUUCGGAGUGGGCAAGCGCAGCUGCAUCGGGCGGCGGAUCGCGGAGCUGGAAAUCUACUUGGCACUGUCUCGGAUUUUAAUCCACUUCGAUGUGAAGCAGGAUCCGAAGGGUGUAGUGGUCAAGCCCAUGACCAGAACUCUGCUUGUUCCAGAAAGUGAGAUCAACCUGCAGUUUAUCGAGCACUGAGUCUGAACAGAAGAAGACAGGAUGAGAUGGAGCUAAGCCCUCUCUGAAGUAGAGAGGGCUGGAGCUGAGAACCUACAACACUGCUGUGAGGAAAGUUCUGAAACUUAAUGACCCCCUAGAACUCUGAACUUACCCUGAACUCACCUCUCCCACCAGGAUGACAGGGUCCUCCUACACGUCGUCCUGGAGGACUGAGAAGAUGCCAAGUUUGAUUUAGAAGAAGAUGCCAUGAUUUAGAUUUGUGCAAGAUGUUGUUAAGACCAAGCAGUGGAGAAGUGCAGUAUUUCGGGGGACAAAUGGCAGCAAUGCUGCAGAAUUGAAAGGGGACCAAACUGGUCAGCAGGUGCAGAGAAACACAGCCAGCUUUCAUGAUUCUCAGGUGCUAUGACUGGAAGUCCAGUCUCAGUUACUGAUGGUGCUGUUAUCAGUGCAACACACAAGAGUUUUAUUCAAUCCCUGAAAGAAUAAUGCAAUCUUCAAGCAGUUUAAUUAGAAUUAGCUUUGAAUUUUAGCCAAAUAUUUUCUUUUUUGAGCAGUAUUUCUCUAAAGAGAGGCUUGAGUUCUUUAUUCUUGUACUGUUAUAUGUCAAUAUAUGUCAACACCAAUUACAUUUCACGGUCAUUUCACUACCAGCAUGUGAAAAGUAAUGUGAAUUUGAUUUGGCGAGAGCUGCCAAACUGUGACUAGAGCUGCAGUCUAUAGUUUCUGACUGUUUCUAAUCGAUCUUAUCAGAUCAGACCAGAGUGUGAUUAUUAAAAUAUUAAUGGGUUUAUCAGUACUGUAACGCAGCGCAUGACUUAAUAAGUAGCUUAUUAUUUUACCAAAUGACAGAAUGCAAAACAAAGUUUUAAAGUAACACAAAUGUCUUGAAAUCAUGCUUGAAGAACCUCACUUUUAUUAAUAUUUUGUGAUAUUUGUGUCUGUAAACAGAAUGCACUUAUGGUAGCUGUAAUGUAGCGUUGCAACAACGAUGUUUAGAUGUUUAUUGGUGCUAAAACUGGUGCUUUCAUUUCUAAAGGGGUCUUUACUGUCUGCUGCUAUGGUGAAUUGUUAAAAAUGAAGAUGCAGCAGCUGGGAGGCUUAUUGCUAUUAACUUUGUCACCCGAACAGUUUGUGAAAGAGGUGCUAAUAAAAAUGUAUUUAUUUUCUUCAGUUUAUACUGGUUACACAAUGUUGCUGUAAGAAAAAUCUGCCAUACUUAGUAUGUUCACAUUAAAAUGAAAUAAACCAAUUUUGCAAGUACCACAGAUUGUGAUUA